AACAAACAUUCUUGAAAGUUAUCGAUAGGUCGAAGAAAGAAUCUAGCUUGUGCAUCCCUGGCAAAAGACGAGAAAUAUCAGACACAUUCAAAAACAUUUAGCAUUUUAGAGACAUUCAAAAAUCGAACGAGUCGUGCGCCUGUCCGUUGAAUUCCGUCGUGUCGUAACGCUUGCCCCACAACAUUUGGGGCCCAAACACAAUGAACAGAGCCCAGCAGGAGAAGCGAGAUUCAUCCUAGGCCCCGAGUCGCCAACAAAAAAAAAAACAAAAAAAAAACCGUCUCCUCCUCCCGAGUGCAGUUCUGUGUUUUUGUUGUGUUUUGGUGUUUUUUUUUUUUUUUCUCUUAUUUUGUACUUUACUACCCUGCUGCGUGCGUGAGUGACGACAUUGAGACUGCCCCUUGUUACCCGCCUGCCGCCUGAAGCCACCCGCCAUCCGUCACCCGCCUACCCGCUACCCGCCACGCCCCCGUAAGCCGAAGCAACCACCCCCCUCCCAACCCCUCCGGGGAGGGGGCAAAAAAUGUGCCAUGCUACUGUUUCUAGGCUGAGUCCAAACGAGGGUGUGGAGCACUAGGAAAAUUCUCGUUCUCGUUCUCGUUCUCGAUCUCCAUCUCCACCCACCAGAGUCGUCCUACUCCGACUCCCAGCAAGCGAACAGAAACAAAAACUAGAAGAGAAAAAUAUCCAAAAAUCGAAACAGGAACAGAAAUUGGAAAUAGAAACCGAAGCGAAAUGUUCAGCCGCGAUAUAAUUGUCCAGGGACCUGGCCCUGGAUCUGGAACUGGAACAGGAACAGGAACGGGAGGGGGCACCGCUCCACCACCACCGCCGCCGCCACAGCCAGUAGUGCCUAGUGCCCUGCCACCCCCGCCAUCAACAGCGGCGGGCAAUGGUAGUGGAUCUGGAUCUGGAUCUGGAUCUGGUUCGAGCUCGGGGUGUACGGCUCUGAGCCCAUCCUUGGAUCUUCACCUGCGUCCGUUGCGCUUUCUGGACGCCAAAUGGCUGCGGGCCGAUCUCAUUGCCUCCCUGCGCCGGGCCUGCGAGGGCGCCGUGCUGUGGAACCACCUGAUCCAGGACUGUGAACUGGUCUCCUCGCCCGCCGCCCCCAUCACCAACGCCCGCGGCCAGCUGUCCUAUCUGGGCGACGACGGCAAGCACUACUGCGGUGCCCAGCAGCUGAAGUGCUCCUGCUGCCAGCCGGAAUACUGCGGCCCCCAUUCCGCCUGCAACUGUGACGGGUGCCGGCCUUUGGACUCGGACACCGCCAUCAAGAAGCUAUCCACCCAGGCGGCCGCCCAACAGGCCCAACACCUCAGCCAGGCCACCGAGCACGUCCUCAGCGGCUGGCUCUGGAGUCAGCCGCCCACCCAGCAGGCCCGCCAAGACUGCCAACGUUCGCUGAUCUCCGAGCUCCAGGAGCUGGCGCUGAGGGCGGCCGGCAACUGCCUCUCCGCCCAGCAUCUCCGCCAGCAGCUCUUCGUCUACGAGCGGUACUUUGUGGCCCUGAAGCGGGAGCGCAGUGCCCAGCCACUGGCGGGCAGCAGCACCAGCAACAAUCCGACCGGAACCAUCAUUACCGCCACCAACCUGACUGUCGCCGGGACUGGGAACUCCAAUGGAACAACCACCGUGGAGACACUGCAGCCGGCCGAGCACUUGGAGCAGCCCGGGGCACUGGGACUGGCUCGUGUGGCCACCCGGGCUGCCCUGAACUUCAGCUUUGCGUUUCUGCGACGCGCCUGGCGCUCCGGCGAGGACACCGAGAUGUGCAGCGAACUCCUGAGCGAGGCGCUGGCUUCGCUCCAGGAGCUGCCGGAGGCCACGCUGUUCGAGGCGGCCGCUGUGUCGCCGCUCUGGCUGGAGGUGAUGGAGCGCUCCAUCAAGUUCCUGCGCCUGGUGGCGCUCGGCGAUCCGAUGGGCGGACGCUGUACAGCGCCGCUGAACGACCGGCACACGGCUCUGUGCCUGCUCCUGGAGCUGGGCGUCCAGAAGGGCACUUUGGCCGCCACCCUGGAGUGCGUCGUCCUGCUGCUGAUGCUCUGGGAGAAGGAUCGAGCCGGCAACGACAACCGGGACAUGCCUCGGAAGACGGGCGCUCCGCUGCUUAGGAUCUUGCAGCGCUACCAGAAGAUCGGACCCGCCUCCGCCAAGACCGGCCAGCUGCCGAGUGCGGAGCCAGCGCCGGUGGCCAGUGCCACGGAGACCUUCCUGCGUUUCCUGUCGCUGCCCAAGAGCAGCGCCGCCAUCGUGGACCUGCGACGUGCCGCUGUGGUCAUCAUCUCGCACCUGGACCGCCUGGCCCAGCCACUGAUGCCGCGCUGCCUGCUGCGGGACCUCCGGGCACCGGCCGUCUCGCCGGGUUGCGGUGCCCAGCAACGGAUCUAUGCCCUGGGAUGGCCCAGCCUGUCCAAGGACCAGCAGGGCUUCACCUCCGAGCCGGCCCUGAGCUGUGGCGAAGCUGGCUCCACGGCGCCGGUGCUGAGCUGCCGGUUCCAGGUGAAGCAGGUGGUGUGCAGCGAGAACCAGGUGCUGCUCCUCAGCCAGGAGGGCAAGCUGCAUGCCUGGCGGUUGUCCAAGCCGGAGGCGGAGCCCCAGCCGCUGGAGGAGGCUGGCCACGAGACGUUCAUCAGCAUUGCGGGCCACUGCGAGGGUCGGCACUUCAUGGCCAUCGAUAGCAAUCACAAUGCCUACUCGUGGGGCGCCGGCGAGGAUCACCGUCUGGGCCAUGGCGACACCCACGCCCGCGCCGUGCCCACCAAGAUCGCCGCCCUGGAGCAGCACUGCGUCCAGUCGGUCUUCUGCGGCUGCACCUACAGCGCGGUCAUCACCUGCGGCGGCAACCUGCUCACCUGGGGCCGCGGCACCUACGCCCGCCUGGGCCACGGCAACAGCGAUGACCGCUGCCUGCCCACCCUGGUGGCCGCCCUGGCCGAGCACACGGUGGUGGACGUGGCCCUCGGCAGCGGCGAUGCCCAUUCGCUGGCCCUUACCUCGGAGGGCCUGGUCUUCGCCUGGGGCGACGGCGACUACGGGAAGCUGGGCAAUGGCAACUGCAACGGCAGCCUGCAGCCCAUCCUGGUGGAGUCACUGCCACGGGUGCAGCGCAUCUUCGCUGGUUCCCAGUACUCGGUGGCGUUGAGCAGCGAGGGACAGGUGUACACGUGGGGCAAGGCCACCUGCCUGGGCCACCAGCUGGUGGAGCGCAGUGUCCAGGGAUGCAGUGUGCCGCGUCUGGUCAGCAGUCUGCAGCACAAACGCAUCGUGGACAUGGCCGUGGGCGUGGCCCAUUGCCUGGCUCUGUCCAGCAGCGGCGAGGUCUUCGGAUGGGGACGCAACGACUGCCAGCAGGUGUGUCCCAGUUCCGUGUCCAGCGAGCCCCUGCUCCGCUCUCCCAUCCUGGUGGCACUGCCCACAUUGCCCGCCAGUGGAAUCGCCUGUACCGCUGGCCAGAGUCUGAUAUGGACGCAGAGCUCCCACCAGGGUGUGCCCCUCCGGGCACCCUUUGUCAUCGAUCUCGGCGAGCCGACGUUCCGACUGCUCGACCAGCUGCUGGGGAUGUGCAUGUGCAGCAGCCAGGACAACCGGCAGACGCCCAACCAGGAGAGCGAGUGCAUCGCGGUGGCCUGCCUGAACCUGAUGCGGCUGCAGUUGCUCGCCCUGAUAGCCAACGGCGUGGAGCCGCGCCAUGUGGGUCUCGCCAGUGGCAGUCGGUUGCUGGGCAGCCUCAAGACCCGGAUCCUGGCCCUGGCUGGCGGCACUCAGGUGCUCCGCACCAUCCAGGUGGCGGCGCAACAGGCGCUGCAGGACGGUUGGAGUGUACUCCUGCCCACUGCGGCGGAGCGGGCACUGACCCUCACCUCGCUGCUGCCCUCGGAACCGGGCCAGGCGUCCUCCCCCGGGCACCGCUUCAUGACCGAUCUGCUGGUCAGCUCCCUGAUGACCGAGGGCGGCCUGGAGUCGGCUCUGCAGCACGCCAUCCGGCUGGAGAGCAGCUCCUGCGGCGCCGACUGCGGCGACGGGGUGCAUGUGCCGCUCCUGCAGCUGAUCACCCGGCUGCUGGGCAACAACGCCGCCCUCACCCAGACCCGCCUCCUGCCGGCCUUGGGAAAGCACCACCACCAGCAGCAGGAGAAGGAGGAGGAGGAGCGCGACCACAAUCGUCAGCACGUCCAGGAGCCGAGCACCAGUCCUAGUCUGAGUCUGCUGCAUCGCUUCCAGCGCCUCCUGCUGGCCCACAUCCAUCAGGCGGACGCCGAGGAGGAUACCACCGGCGCCGAGGCCCUGCUGCUCCAGUACCUGCACGCCCUGAUCCCCGCCUGCGUGGCAACCCUCCAGCAGGCCCACGAACUGGCCCUCCAGUGCCGGGAGCCGGGCGAACAUCCCAUCGGCCAGCAACUGGGCCACCUGAGUCGCGUCCUCCAGGCCGACGUGUCGGACGCCCUGCUCCACGAGCUGCUCGUGGGCCUGGUGCUCCUGAAGCGCGAUCGUCCCCAGUGCCUGGGUGGGCUGAGGUGGGCGAGGGUCUUCCUGCCGCUCCUGCGAGUCCUGGACCGAUUGAACCGGGCCCUGGGCGAGGGGGAGCUGCGGGAUGGCGACGACAUGGGCUGGCCUGGCAUCAUCUGCCGAGGAGGCCCCAAGAACGGAGGUCCCCCGCCCGCCGAUCCGGAGACCCACUACGUGCGACGCGCCGACAUGGAGAACCAUCUUCUGGACGGCAGUCGAUGCAUCAUCCUGGCCGGCUACGUCUGCGACCUGAGUGGCUUCAACUGUGAGUCCGAGACGUUGCGCGGCAUUCUGGAUACCGGCCUGGGCAAGGAUCUGACGGCGGAGCUGAGCAGUCCGGGCCAUAGAAGUGCCAUGGAGCAGAUCCUCCAACACCACAAGCUGGGCAAGUACAUGUCCCAGGCAGGAGGAGAGGACAAGACCACACCCCCGGGACCCACCCGCCUGACCCACUUCAGCUCCGAGUGCGCCCUGGCCCAGCUGCUGGGCUUGGUGGCCAAUCUGAUGUGCAACGGACCGGCGCUGCAGCCGGCGGAGCUGCAGUGCCGCCAGCUGGACAAGUCCAACCUGCUGAGUGGCGGCCUGCAGCUGCUCCAGCCGAGCAAUCCCUUCGACGAGGAGAAGGGGGAGGCGCGCAGCAGCCAUAGUUGCCACAGUACGGCCGGGAACACGCCCACGGACCAGCCACCGCCCCUGCCCAUCCAGCAUCUGCAGCAGCAGCUGGGCACGGGUCAGGUGCGCGGCAAAUCCCAGCUGCAGCAGCGGGCGGAGGCGUUCAUCACGGGCCUGGCCGAGGCCAGGCUCUCGGAGGCGCCAGUGGCCGCCUGGGUGACCCUGACGGAGCGGUACUGCAAGGCGCACAACCUGAUGUGGCACCAGGAGUUCGCCACGGAACAUCCCGUCCAGGAACUGGAGCGCUUGCUCAGUGCCGUGCUCAUCCGGCACCAGUACCUCGGUGGCCUCGUCCUGAACGCCCUGGAAACGGAGGCGGAGUCGCCGCCACCUCGCCAGCUGGGCGAGAUCAUACGGCUGGUGCACCAGGCCAAGUGGUCGGUGGUGCGGACGCGCCAGCAGAUGAACCGGAGCUACAAGGAGGUCUGCGCUCCCAUUCUGGAGCGCCUGCGCUUCCUGCUCUACGAGGUGCGUCCGGCGAUCAGUCCGCAGCAGCGUGGACUGCGCCGCCUGCCCAUCCUCCAGCGGCUGCCGCGCUUCCGGAUGCUGGUGCGCCGCCUGCUCCAGGAGCUGCGGUCUGCCAGGCAGCCGGCCAAGCCGGAGGACCUGCUGAACGCCACCAUACAGCAGCAGCAGGAGCGGGAGCAGGAGAAGAAGCCGCAGGACAAGCAGCAGGAGCAGCAGGCGGCCGAGGAGGAGGAGAGCCUGCUGCGGCGUCUCAACGAGCGCCAGAUCAGCGCCGAGGGCGAACUGGAUCCCGCCCUGAUGCAGGACAUCGUGGACUUCGCCCUGCAGGACAGCUGCGACGUGGAGACGGCCCGCCGGGCCAUGUACUGCCAGAUGCAGCGCUACCAGCUGCGCCUCGCCGGGCUGCAGCUCGUCCAGCAGCUGCUCGAGCUGCACGGCCUCCUGGACGCCACCCAGUACAGCCUCCUGAACGGCUUCCUGGGCCUGCACUUGAAGCCGACUGGCGGCGGAGGCGCCACUAGUCCAUCGGGCAGCUCCCUGCCCGUGCUCGGCCAACUGAACAUGGUCAGUGCCUACCAGAAGACCCGCCUGCUCCUGGCCCAGUCCCGCGUCCUCGACUGGGCAGUAAGGGAGCUGCGCCGGCUGCUCAACCAGGAGCAGCACGGCCAUGUCCGCGGCAAGGACAGCAGCAACCUGGGCACCUACGUCCUCCUGAAGCGCCUGCCCCGCGCCCGCUUCCUGCUGAGUGUCUUCGGGCUGCUGGCCAAGGAGCUGGGCCCCAACGAGCUGGGUCUGCUCCUCAACUCCGGCCUGCUGGGCACCGUCCUGGGCCUUCUGGCGCAGACGGGUGGCGAGGGAGCAGCCGGCGGCGUCCAGCCACCCGGCGAGCUCAGCGUCCUCUACGAGGACAGCGUCAUGAAGCAGAAGUCCAGCAAGGCGCAGCUGAGCGGACCCGACCUGGCCAAGCUGAUGAAGAUCGGGACGCGGAUUGUGCGCGGAGCGGACUGGAAGUGGGGCGACCAGGACGGCAAUCCCCCCGGCGAGGGUCGCAUCAUCAGCGAGGUGGGCGAAGACGGGUGGGUGCGCGUGGAGUGGUACACCGGAGCCACCAAUUCCUAUCGCAUGGGCAAGGAGGGCCAGUACGACCUCCAGCUGGCGGACAGUGCCCUCAACGUGGCCUCGCCCACGGAACCGGAACGCGAGGAUCUGGCCGGCAGUGAGUCCUCGCCCUCGAGCGAAUCCCAUCCCUCCAAGCUGUUGCGUCACUGCGCCGCCAAGCUCCUCCAGAUCUUGGCCGUGGGCAGUGGCCUGCACGGCUCCCAGCUGGACAAGCAUGCCCUGCGCGGCAUCACCAGCAUGUUCCGUGCCAUCGUCGAUCCCAAGCCGGCCAUGUCCAGUGUCGCCAACUCCCUGGGCUGGCUCAACCUGGGAUUCAUUCGCGCCAUAGCAGGUGACUCGCCGCGCUUGUGCCUGGAGCUGAGCACUCCCGGCUGGCUGGGCCACUACCUGUCCCUUCUGGAGCAGCCGGCCGGCAAUGAGUCUGGUGUCUACCGUCAGCUCCACUGCCUCCGCCUGCUGCAGUGCAUCCUAUCCCAGUGGGGCGUGGAGGAGGAGCCCCGCAUGCCGACACUGGUGCGUCAACUGUUCGCCACCUUGGGACGUAUUGCCCUCCACUGUCCCGGCGACAUCAGCCUGCAGCCCACGGGCGAGGGAAAGACACGGGUGCUGCUGACCGCCUCGCACUCCGGGAGCGUGGCCGAGGAGCUGGUGGCGCUGCUGCGACGCCUGCACACGCUGCCGUCCUGGAACCCGGUGAUCAACUCCUUCCUGGCCCAGAAACUGUGCGUGGCCGCCGAGCUGCUGGCGGAGCAGUCACCGCCGCCACAUGCCACCCACCAGCAGCCGCUGGACAGCGAACAGGUCUUCGUCCUGGGCGUCCUGGCCGCCAUGGGCGGGCACGAUCUCCGGCCCCGUGUGGGGCUGCACUGCUUCCACGAGGGCAGCCACAUGAUCAUCGCCAGCUUCACGCCCAAGGGCCGUUGCCUGCUGGCCCAGGGAGGCGCUGCCUCCGGCACGGGAUUCGUCAAGGUGCCGCUGGCCACGGUGCUGCCCCACCUGGACCACAGUGUCUUCAGCCUGAGCCGGCUGCCCAUGAACGAGAUGCUACUCAAUGCCUGGACGGUGCUGCUCUACGGCCCGUCGCCGGAGCUGCGCGAGCUGCCGGCCAGUCCGGAGGGACGACUCGACCUGGGCCUGCUCCGGGCCCAGCAGCUCCAACUGGCCGUCCUGCACACGAACGGAGUACUCUAUCGCCAUCAGGCGGCGCUGCGUCGCAUCCUGAAGCAGCGGGCUCCGGGCAGCAUAUACGGCUCCGGGGAGGGACAUGAACCCAGCACUGAGCCGGACUUGAGCCAGUCGGAGCCAGGCCAGGAACCGGCCGAGCAGCAGGAGCCGGAGCACCAGAUGUCGUCGGCAAGUGCCAGUGGGGGGCAGGAGGCCCAGCUUCUCAUCCAGUGCAUCCUCCUGCGGGCCACCCAGGCGUCGCCCGUGAAGGCCUGCUACACGUACACGGACCUGGCCACCGCCGCCCUCAACUGCAUCCAGUCGCUGGCCACCCAGGCCCACCAGGAGAUCCUGGAAAAUGCCGGCGGAUCUCCGGGCAAUGGCCAUGCCCUGGUAACGCCUCCGCAGCCCACCAUGGUGCACGGAGUGCCGGUCUACAACGUGAAUCGCAGCAAGGAGCAGAAGCCCACGACCAAGACAUCAGAGACGACGGCGGAGCAGCCGGCGAAGGGGAACAAGUGGCCGGCGGCGGCCAGCGACGCCCAGCUGAUCGGCCAGAUCAUGGAGAUGGGCUUCACCCGGCGCACCGUGGAGCUGGCCCUGAAGCAGCUCUCCCUCCAGGCCGAGAUCAUGCCCACGCCGGAGCAGAUCGUCCAGUGGAUACUCGAGCAUCCGGACGUCUGUGCCAACACCAUUGAGGAGGAGGACUCGGCGCCGCCUCCGCCCCAGCCUGGCUCGGAUAACCACGACCCGGAAGCGGACUCGGACAACGAGUGCGCCAGCAACCAUUCCCCCCGAUCCUCCCGAUCCAGAACCUGCUCCGGAUCGUCCACGUCCUCGGACACGGUGGAGGGUCAGCAGCCCAACCAGGAAGCAGUGCCGCCACCACCCCCUCCCGUCAAGUUCGAGACGCGGAAGGACUUCCAGACCGCCGAUCUCUACGCCCUGUACGUGCGGGGCCUGGUCCGGCCGGGGAUGACGGUGCGCUGCUGCCGGGACUUCGAGGAGAUCAAGAAGGGCGACAUGGGCACCGUCCUCAUCGUGGACACCGAGGGCCUGCACGAUCUCAACGUCCAGGUGGACUGGCGCAACCACGGCAGCACCUACUGGGUCUGCUUCGUCCACAUCGAACUGGUGGAGGCGGCCCAGUCGCCCCACCAGCCCCGUCCGCCGCCGAUCGCCGUCGGGGCCAAGGUGAGGCUGCGCUCCACCUCGCUGCGCCACGGACUGCUGGGCCCCCAGCUGCGCCUGGGACGGAGCCAGGCCGCCGGAGUGGUGAUAUCCGUGCGCGGCAAGCAGCUGACGGUGGACUUUCCGGAUCUGCCCGCCUGGCAGGGUCACAUCAACGAAGUGGAACUGGUGGCCAACUCCAGCUCCGCACCAGGCGCCCCUCUGGCCGGUGCCCACCUCGGACAGGUGGGGGAAGCGGGCGGACAGACCACCGCCCCGGCCCCCUCGGAUCUCAUCGAGGACUGGUCGCGAUGCAUCCGUUCCCUGACGGUCAGCUCCAAUGAGGCGGCGGCCAAGCACCUGCUGGACGGCAGCGACCAGAUCUGGCAGAGCUGCUCUAGCGGCCCGUGCCGGCACUGGAUACGCCUGGAGCUGCACGACCGCGUCCUGGUGCACAGCCUGGCCAUCACGGUCAGUCCGGAGGACCACUCGCACAUGCCGUCGCUGCUGGAGAUCCGGGUGGGCGAGUGCGUCGACAGCCUCAAGGAGUACACGUGGACGCCGGUGCCCCCGGGCGCCACCCGGGUGGUGCUCAUGCAGAACGUGCCCGCCUUCUAUCCCUGGGUGGAGAUCGUGGUGAAGCAGUGCCAGAACAAUGGCAUCCAGUGCAAGAUCCACGGCCUGCAGUUCGUCGGCCGGCGCCAGCAGCCGGACCUGCAGCACAUCCUGGCCAACGCCCAGUUCCUGGCCAGCGAGUACAGCUCCGGGAUGGGACCGGGAACAGUGACCUCCACCCACGGCGAGGUGGGCUCUGGAGCUGGCACCAGCGGCGGUGGACUGGACCAGGACCUGCCCUGCACCGUCAUGGUGUGGGGCCUCAACGACAAGGAACAGCUGGGCGGCCUCAAGGGCUCCAAGGUGAAGGUGCCCACCUUCUCGCAGACCAUCAGCCGGCUCCGGCCCAUCCACAUAGCCGGCGGCUCCAAGAGCCUCUUCAUCGUCAGCCAGGAGGGAAGGGUGUUCGCCUGCGGCGAGGGAACCAACGGACGCCUCGGCCUCGGCGUCACCUACAACGUGCCACUGCCCCACCAGCUCCCGGUGCUCCACCAGUACGUGGUCAAGAAGGUGGCCGUCCACUCGGGCGGGAAGCACGCCCUGGCCCUGACCCUCGACGGCAAGGUGUUCUCCUGGGGCGAGGGCGAGGACGGCAAGCUGGGACACGGCAACAGGACGACGCUGGACAAGCCGCGCCAGGUGGAGGCACUGCGCGCCAAGAAGAUCCGGGACGUGGCCUGCGGUUCCUCCCACUCGGCGGCCAUCAGCAGCCAGGGCGAGCUCUACACCUGGGGCCUCGGCGAGUACGGCCGGCUGGGACAUGGCGACAAUGCCACCCAACUGAAGCCCAAGCUGGUGGCGGCCCUGGCCGGGCGGAGGGUCGUCCAGGUGGCCUGCGGCAGUCGCGAUGCCCAGACACUGGCCCUGACGGAGGACGGAGCCGUGUUCUCGUGGGGCGACGGCGACUUCGGGAAGCUGGGACGUGGCGGCAGCGAGGGAUCGGACACCCCGCACGAGAUCGAGCGUCUCUCGGGGAUCGGCGUGAUACAGAUCGAGUGCGGAGCCCAGUUCAGCCUGGCCCUGACCCGGGCCGGCGAGGUGUGGACGUGGGGUAAGGGCGACUACUACCGGCUGGGCCAUGGCGGCGACCAGCACGUCCGGAAGCCCCAGCCCAUCGGCGGACUGCGCGGUCGGAGGGUCAUCCAUGUGGCCGUCGGCGCCCUCCACUGCCUGGCCGUUACCGAUUCCGGACAGGUGUACGCCUGGGGGGACAACGAUCACGGCCAGCAGGGCAGCGGGAACACAUUCGUGAACAAGAAGCCCGCCCUGGUGAUCGGGUUGGACGACGUCUUCGUGAACCGGGUGGCCUGCGGCAGCUCCCACUCGAUAGCCUGGGGCCUGCCCAACGCCACCAUGGAGGAGGAGAAGCGCGGACCCGUGCCGUUCGGCAGCACCCGGGAUCCGCUCGGCGGCAGCAGCCUGGGCAUCUACGAGGCGGAGGCAGUGAACCAGACCGCCAAGCCGGACACCAAGCCCCCGACCCUCACCAGCCUGAGCGAGAGCCUGGCCCUGGAGAGCCCGGCUGCGAGGCAGGCCGCCCUGGCUCACGUCCUGCGGGCCAUGAGCAUCCUCCAGGCCCGCCAGCUCAUCGUCGCCGCCCUCACCAGCCACAGCAAGGUGAACUACAAGGAGCGCGGCAUCGGCGGCGGCCUCGGCGAGGAGGAGCAGCUGGCGGGAGUCAGCGGAGCAGCCGGCGCAGGAGGAGGAGCUGCCAACAACCAAACUGGAGCGGCGCCCGUGGAGCCCAUAGCCCAGGGCGGAGGCGAGGCACCGGCCGAUGCCACAGAUGCUGCCCUCCAGGAGCACAGCCCCGAUCUGCCGUUGGAACUGAUGACCACCACAGCCGGAGGAGGAGGAGGAGGAGGAGGGACAGGAGGAGCAGUAAGCGUAGUGCCGGGCAUGUCAGCCACCCUGCCGCCCCAACUGACGGCCGGACCGCUGAGCGCCUUCCAGAGCCUCACCGGCUCCCUGUCCAUGUCCGGAUCCCUGUCCAGCAGCGCCCUGCCGCCCCAGCACAAGCACUCCCGGAUGUCGGCCAGCGCCAUGUCCGUGAUGGCGGCCACCAUGACCCAGCAGGAGGAGAUUCUGGCCCAGAUCGGCCACUGCCACGGCCUGGACGACUUUGGCGGGCUCCUCGGCGAGCCGGAGGCCAAGAGCCUGGUGGAGCUGCUGAAGCUAGCGGUGUGCGGCCGGUGCGGGCCACCGAGCACGGCCCAGACGAUCGCCGAGACGUUGAUCUCCCUGGGAGCCGGGUCGCCCGGCGUGGCGGCCAUGCUGCUGGAGACCUGCAUCACGGAACUGGAGGACCUCUGCACCUCCCGCCACUGCCUCGGCAAGCUGCCCAAGCCGGUGAUGCAGGAGAGCAGCCACCCCUACGUGGACAACGUGAACGUGACGGGAGCGGUGCGGAUCCCAGGUGCGGAGAUGCUCCGCCUGGAGUUCGACAGCCAGUGCAGCACGGAGAAGCGGAACGAUCCGCUGGUCAUCAUGGACGGGACGGGCCGGGUGCUGGCCAUGCGCUCCGGCCGGGAGUUCGCCCACUGGGCACCGGAGAUCCGGGUGCCCGGCGACGAGCUGCGCUGGAAGUUCUCCUCGGACAGCUCUGUGAACGGCUGGGGCUGGCGCUUCUGGGUGCACGCCAUCAUGCCGGCGGCCACUCUCGGGGAGACCGGCUCUGACCGGGCGGUGCUCUCGCAGCCGUCGAUGGCCCUGGUGAUGUCCCUGCUGGACUCCCGCCUAGCGCCCCGUCAGCCGGGCGUCCUGCUCCGCCUGGCCUCCGCCCUGGCCGCCUGCUCCCAGCUGGGAUCCCUGACCACGGCCCAGAGGAUCUGGUCGCUGAGGAAGCUGCACGCCGUCCUGCUGCUGGAGCAGGCUCCCCGGCCCCAGGACCCAUCGUUGGCCGCCCUGCUCCAGCCCCUGAUCCCCGAGCUCCUGCGGCAGUACGAGUAUGAGGAGCCGCAGGUCCGGGGAGGCAUUCAUCUGAUGCACUCGGACUACUUCAAGACCCUGGCCGCCCUGGCCUGCGACAUGCAGCUGGACGCCGCGCUGCCCGUGGGGGCCGGAGGCAGUGCCUCCUCUACGGUCGGCGUUAUCGGAGGAGGAGUUCUCGGAAAUAGCGCCUUCUCGGCCAUGGGCUCGUCAUCCGCCAUCCUGGCCGCUGUUUGUGCGGCCUCAUCGGUACCCGGAUCUGGCACAGUGCCCGGAGUGGUGGCUGCCACUGCCACUGCGGCCUCCACCGCGGGCGGGGACGUCCACAAGUGGGCGUGGUUCAAGCGCUACUGCAUCGCCGUGAGAGUGGCCCAGUCCCUGAUCCGGAGGACGGAGCUGCCGCGCGCCUUCUGCCUGGAGGUCCGGAAGAAGUUCGCCGAAAUGCUGCCCAGCUCGGCGGCCAGCUGCAGCUCCAACUCGCAUCCGUGCGGCGGCCAGUCGCCCGGAGCAUCGAUGCUGAACUCCACCACCUCCCUGUCCUCCAGCACGACCAGCAAUGUGACGCCACCGCCGCCACCACCACCGCUCCUCCACCACCACACCGACCACCACGAGUCCCUGCUCUGUCCGGGCUCUCAACUGGAGUCCUCGUCCAUCCUACUGCACGAGGAUCACUCCCUGUUCCAGGCCCCGCACGACGCCCAGCUGCUCCAGUGGCUGAACCGCCGGCCCGACGACUGGGCCCUGAGCUGGGGCGGCGCCAGCACCAUCUACGGCUGGGGCCACAACCACCGCGGCCAGCUGGGCGGCCUGGAGGGCAGCCGCAUCAAGACGCCCACACCCUGCGAGGCCCUGAGUCUCCUGCGACCCGUCCAGCUGGCCGGAGGCGAGCAGUCCCUGUUCGCCGUCACCCCGGACGGGAAGCUCUUCGCCACAGGAUAUGGCUCCGGUGGGAGACUGGGAGUCGGUGGCAGCGACAGCUGGGCCAUCCCUACGCUCCUGGGCUCACUGCAGCACGUGUUCGUGAAGAAGGUGGCCGUGAACUCCGGCGGGAAGCACUGCCUGGCCCUGACCACCGAGGGCGAGGUGUACGCCUGGGGCGAGGGCGAGGACGGCAAGCUGGGCCACGGCAACCGGGUCAGCUACGACCGGCCCAAGCUGGUGGAGCACCUCCACGGCAUGAGUGUGGCGGACAUUGCCUGCGGCAGCGCCCACUCGGCGGCCAUCACCGCCAGCGGCCAGGUCCUCACCUGGGGCAAGGGUCGAUACGGCCGCCUGGGACACGGCGACUCCGAGGACCAGCUACGACCCAAGCUGGUGGAGGCACUGCUGGGAUAUCGGGCCAUCGACAUAGCCUGCGGCUCCGGCGACGCCCAGACCCUCUGCAUCACCGACGACGACAACGUCUGGAGCUGGGGCGACGGCGACUACGGGAAGCUGGGACGCGGCGGCAGCGAUGGCUGCAAGCUGCCCUACAAGAUCGAGAGCCUGGCCGGCCUGGGCGUCAUCAAGGUGGAGUGCGGCUCCCAGUUCUCGGUGGCCCUGACCAAGUCCGGAGCGGUCUACACCUGGGGCAAGGGCGACUUCCAUCGGCUGGGCCACGGCUCCGUGGACCAUGUCCGGCGGCCCAAGAAGGUGGCCGCUCUGCAGGGCAAGAAGAUCAUCUCGAUCGCCACCGGCUCCCUGCACUGUGUGGCCUGCAGCGACUCCGGCGAGGUGUACACCUGGGGCGACAACGACGAGGGCCAGCUGGGCGACGGCACGGUGACGGCCAUCCAACGGCCCCGCCUGGUCUCCGCCUUGCAGGGCAAGCACAUCGUGAAGGUCACCUGCGGAUCGGCCCACACCCUGGCGCUGUCCACCUCGCAGCUGAGCGAGAGACUCCGCCCGCUGCCCAAUCCGCCGCUGGAGUACGACCUGGUGAGGGACCUGGCCCCCGAGGCGCUCCACGCCCGUCUCAUCCUGCUCCAUCACUUCUCGGAGCUGCUGUGCCCCUGCCUGGCGAUGCUGCCCAUUUCCGGGGACCUGAGUCUCGGCGCUCUGAAGGACGUCCUCGUCUACAACAUCAAGGAGGCGGCCUUCCGCAAGGUCAUCCAGACGACCAUGGUGCGGGACAAGCAGCACGGCCCCGUCAUCGAGCUGAAUCGCAUCCAGGUGAAGCGCUCCCGCAGUCGGUGCAACGGCCUGGCCGGGAUCGAUGGCAUGAAGAGCGUGUUCGGGCAGAUGGUCCAGAAGCUGCCGCUCCUCACCCAGGAGGCUCUGGCCCUGCCGCACCGCGUCUGGAAGGUGAAGUUCGUCGGCGAGAGUGUGGACGAUUGUGGCGGAGGUUACAGCGAGUCCAUUGCCGAGAUGUGCGACGAGCUCCAGAACGGCAGUGUCCCGCUCCUGAUCAGCACCCCCAAUGGCAGGGGAGAGGCGGGCGCCAACCGGGACUGCUUCCUGCUGGAUCCCACCCUGUCGUCGGUGCUGCAGAUGAACAUGUUCCGGUUCCUGGGCGUCCUCAUGGGCAUUGCCGUGCGCACCGGAUCGCCGCUGAGCAUCAACCUGGCGGAGCCCGUUUGGAGGCAACUGACCGGGGAGGUGCUCCGGCCCACGGACCUCACCGAGGUGGAUCGCGACUAUGUGGCCGGACUGCUCUGCAUCCGGAACAUGGACGAUGAUCCGAAGUUGUUCAACACCCUGGAACUGCCCUUCUCGACGUCCUCGGCCCGGGGCCAUGAGGUGCCGCUGUCCACCCGCUACACGCACAUCUCGCCGAGGAACAGGGCCGAGUACGUCCGGCUGGCCCUCGGCUUCCGGCUGCACGAGUUCGACGAGCAGGUGAAGGCCGUCCGGGACGGCAUGUCCAAGGUGAUACCAGUGCCUUUGCUGUCGCUCUUCUCUGCCGCGGAGCUGCAGGCCAUGGUCUGCGGUUCGCCGGACAUUCCGCUGGGACUGCUCAAGUCGGUGGCCACCUACAAGGGCUUCGAUCCCGGCUCCGCUUUGGUCACCUGGUUCUGGGAGGUGAUGGAGGAGUUUACCAAUCAGGAGAGGUCCUUGUUCCUGCGCUUCGUCUGGGGACGGACACGUCUCCCUCGCACCAUUGCCGAUUUCCGGGGACGGGACUUUGUGCUCCAGGUGCUGGAGAAGAACCCGCCCGACCACUUCCUGCCCGAGAGCUAUACCUGCUUCUUCUUGCUGAAGAUGCCCCGCUACUCCUGCAAGGCUGUGCUCCUGGAGAAGCUCAAGUACGCCAUACACUUCUGCAAGAGCAUCGACACUGAUGAGUAUGCCCGGGUGGCGAUGGGCGAACCCACCGAGGCGACCGGCAGCGAGGACAACAGCGACCUGGAGUCGGUGGCCAGCCACGAGGGCUAAGACCCCAACCUGCCUUUCCUGAAAGGAUCUGAGAGGAGGAGGAGUACUAGGAGUUAGGAGAUCCUUGCCAGCCUGGCGAACAACCCGCUAUUUAUGAUGAUUCUCAGCUAGGAUGCAAGGAUACAAGGAUACUAGGAGACUAGGAUACUAGGACACUUUAAACACAAAACGCCUUCAAAGUUAGAAAGAAAUGGAAGAAGAAAGAGAGCCACUCACGCGAACACAUUACACAUAAAUACACUUAAAGAAAAAACACA